AUGCACUUAGGUGAGAAAUGGAUGAGACACACCACAUGGAUGUUGACAGGAUCGGAUCCGAUUGCUCCUCUGUGCCUUAGGGCCAUAUUACAGGCACUGACUUAUUCUGGCGCCGGCCGCCCCCCCCCCUGCCCAGUCCAGCAGUACUCGGGCUACUUCAAUCUCUCCACGGGUGACAAGCACCUCUUCUACUGGUUCUUCUCGUCGCGGUCGUCGCCCGACACUGAUCCCGUCGUGCUCUGGCUCACUGGCGGGCCCGGCUGCAGCAGCGAGGUGGCUCUCUUUGGAGAGAAUGGCCCCUGCAAGGUGUCUCCGGAUGGGAUGACCACCAUCCCCAACGCAGCCUCGUGGAACACGCACGCCAACUUGCUGUACGUGGAUCAGCCAGUCGGGACCGGCUUCUCCUAUGGCACCGCCUUUGACCACGACGAGGUCGGGGUGGGAAACGAUAUGUACGCCUUCCUGCAAGCCUUCUUCGGCGCGCACCCGGCCCUGCGUUCCAACGCUUUCUUUGUGUUCGGCGAGUCGUAUGCCGGCCAUUACGUGCCCAACGUGGCGCACCGUGUUUGGGUCGGCAAUGGCGCGGGUGGGGCGCCACACAUCAACCUGGUCGGCAUGUCAGUCGGCAAUGGCCUGACCGACCCCGAGGUGCAGUACGCAUACUAUCCGGCCAUGGCCGUGUCCACCAACCAGCACCAGCCUGCGGUGAGCAACGCAACAUACGAGAAGAUGGCAAAGGCGGUUCCGGGCUGCAUCAAGGCGAUCCGCCGGUGCAACGGUGGCGAGGGGGUCGUCUCGAAGCUCGCGUGCGUCGCGGCAUAUGAGACGUGCAAUGCGGCGUACGACAUGCGGAUCAAGUGCGCAAAACCUCCGCUGUGCUACGAUUUUUCAGGCGUUGGAAAGUUCUUGGAUCGACCAGAGGUGCGGACGGCGCUCCACAUCCGAACGGGCACUGGCACGUGGCAGAGCUGCAAUUUCAAGGUGAACAAAAUGUUUAUGGGCGACUGGAUGAAGAACUAUCAAACGCAAAUCCCCGCUUUGCUCGGCGCGGGCAUCCGGGUACUCAUCUACGCGGGCGACCAGGACUUCAUCUGCAAUUGGCUUGGCAACCAGGCGUGGGUGCGCGGCAUGGAUUGGCCCGGCAAGGCCGCCUUCGACGCAGCGCCGGUCAAACCGUGGUCCGCCGAGGGAAAGCAGGCUGGCGAGGCGCAGGCGGCCGAGGGCCUGACCUUCCUGCGCGUCUUCGGCGCCGGCCACAUGGUUCCGCUCGACCAGCCCAUGGCCAGCCUCCUAAUGCUCGACGCCUUUCUCAAGGGCGAGCUCUGAGUCGGGGAGCAAGGGAAUGGCCCCGCUAGCCAUCAAAGGUAGCGGUGCACGCGGCUCCGCGCGCAGCUCAAUCUUACACGUACACGGCAUACGGUGGUUUGUGUGGGCGUGUGCUCUUGUUUUGGUGGUUGUUUGAAUGUGUGUGUCAGAGUGUGUGUGUAUAAGAGCGGUGUGUCGUGUGUGUGUGCAUGCGUCUAUCGUGUCAGUGUGCGCGUGUGUGGCGUGAGGUGUGUGCUCUCCUAUCACUCCUGUGUGCUCUCUCGAGUCUCGUCUCUGCUCUCUCUCUGCCUGACCCUGAGUUGCAAUGAGUCACUUCUGAGAGCGAUCUCUUCUCUCUACACGGCUUUUUAUAUUAUGAUAUAUGUGCG